GUUUUACUUUCACUCAAAAGGAAACACAUGUUAAAAUGUGAGUAUAAAUAGAGCUGUAAAUAUCUGAAAAACCACAGUUCAGAUUACGAACCAAUUUGGAAAGAUGUUUCGCUUUUUAGCUCCUUCUGUGGCUGUUAUUUUAUUAUGGGUCAUUGUUGACGCACAACUGGGAGGUUUCAAUAUAAGACCAGGAUUUGGCUCUCCUCUCAUUCCAACUUUUGACGACAUACAAAUGUGCAGAGAUAAUGCCAAAGGACGGAAAUACCAGUUGACUUUCAAGUUACCCACCGAGACUUGCAAGCCUUAUUGCAAGUACGAAAACGAAACGGAACAGAUGACUGCAGUAGAUGGACAGUUCUGUUGCGACUUUGUUGGUAUAGGUCCUACUGGACUUUGCAAAGGUGGAGUCUGCAUGGUAGGAGGUGUCGUUGGUUGGAACAGGCAAAGAGGAUUGGAGACCCUCAUGGAUUGAAAUGACGGUCAUCGAUUAAAUAUCAUCUUCUUCCGAAAAUCAAGUGCAACCGAAAUGUAAUAUUUUAGUAAAUGUAGCAUUGUAAGAUUUGUACAUUUCAAGCAUAUAAAUAUCAAUAGGAAAAAUAGUUAAUUUUUUUGUCAGACAUACAUUUGGCAUUAUUGAUAAGAAAAUUGUCUAUAUGUAACACAACCAUAAGUUUUUAAUAAAUUUUCUUUUACUUA